AUGGAUACCAGCAGCAAGAAAAAUAUUAAUCAACGUUAUUUAUUCGGUAUUACUGAUGAACCAAAGCAAUUAUUAGAACCGAUAUCAGGUUAUGUUCAUGAACCACUUCUAUCAUUAGAAGAAGCAUGUGAACCACUUCUUAAUAUUAUUCCAAAUUUACCAGCACAUAUUUGGAUUGCUAAAGAAAAUUCAAAAAAUCCUUCUGAUGGUCUUACACAAGAUGAAUCAGCUGCUAUUCGUCUAUAUACAAUGGAAUGGGAUUCUAGUACUAACAAAGAAUGUGGAAGUCUUUAUGCACAUCUUAAUCGAACUCUCAAAGAAAUCGAUCGAACAAAACUUCGUCCAUGGUUUCGAUAUUUAAAAUUAUUUCUUACAGCAUUAGCUAAACUACCAAUAGCUCCACCUCAAACAGUUUGGCGUGGUUUACAUCUAAAUCUUAGUGAAGAUCAUCCACCAGGCAAAAAAAUAACAUGGUGGGCCUUUUCAUCUUGUACAACAUCAUUAAGUGUUCUUGAAUCUGAUUUAUAUUUGGGAAAAGUUGGAACAAGAACUCUCUUUUCUAUUGAAGCAAUCAAUGGUCGAACUAUUCGUUCACAUUCUCAUUUUACUAUUGAAGAUGAAAUUUUAUUAUUACCAGGAACAUAUUUAGAAGUAAAAUCUCAAUUAAAUCCAGCACCUGAUUUAUAUAUUAUUCAUUUACAACAAAAAAUACCACCUCAUGCUCUACUUGAACCACCGUUUGAAGGUGCUCAACUUUUUUCAUUAUCGGAAAUUGAUCAAGCUAUGCCAAAAAACAACACUUCACAACAAAACAAUGAUAAAUCUCGUUCUUGGUAUAAGAAUAACAAGUUACUUUUUGGUAUUGGUGCUAUAGUAGCAGCAAUAAUUAUUGCUGUCGUGCUAGGAGCUACAUUAGGUACUCAGAUCAGAAGGCAAAAAAAAACAUCAUCGACUACAACUUCUGCUAGUACGUAUUUUCUCAUAACAUCAGUCCUUUACGACGAGGAAAAAUAUUUUCUUUCUUUAUUACUUAUAGCUACAGAAAUACCUUCGACUCAUACUUCUACUACUACAGCAACAUUAUCCUUUUAUGGUGGAUCACCACCUGAUCCAAUUUCUAUUGAGAAUGCAUUCUAUGCAUUCGAGAGAAAUUUGUUUGAUCUGAAUUCUCAGCGUAAUGGAGAAGGUGUAGGUGGGUCUAUAAGUUAUAUAGAGGGC